UGGAGCUUAGGCUCCGUUACGUCCGUAAAAGUCUAGCCCAGCCCAAGUCGCGAGGAGCUUCUUCCCCUCGAAGAGGAGAGCUCUGGAUGCCCUCGACCCCAAUUUCGUGGGAGUGUUUCGAAGGAGGGAUCGAGCAACUGAAGCAAGCGGCAGGGAAAGAUUUACACGUUAUUCUCUUCGGAGUAUCAGUCUAUUGUUCGCGGCAAUGAUUCGAGGGUGCAUUUGGAGGUUAUCGUACGGUCAAGCUCUUGGUAGGCGGCACAGAACAGUCGCGGCUCAGCCCCCUUUUUUCCUUUCAUCAAGACACAAAUUCUCAAGUUCAUUUCCAAAAAAGUCAACCCAGAAGCCUGCACCUGAAGUUGAAACUUCUAGAUCAACAAAUAACACAUCCAAACUUAUUCUAGGCAGUGCAGUAGUUGGUGCUGCAGCAGCGAUAGCAGCAUAUCAAACUGGCUACCUAAAACUUCAUGUUACGGAUGAUAACUCUUUUCUUAGAACCAGCAACCAGGACACUGUUAAAGCUACUACUGAUUCUAAGCUUCCAGCUGACAAAGAAAUCCUGCAAGCAACUGACAAAGAAAUCUUUCCAAGUAAUGGGAUUACAAGCCAACAGAAACCAAAUGCAGGAAAUGUCGAAACAAGUGAAGCUGUUAAUGUUGAUUCUAAGAUCAAUACAGAAACUUCAGAAACAUUACCCAUGAAGGAGGAAUCAGCUCCUUACAGAGAAGAGGCAAUAUCAAUUUCUGUUGAGAAUGCUACAACACCUGUUGAGAAAGCUUCGAGUUCCGUAGGGUCAACUGAAGAAUUGUUAAGCAUGGAUAAUGGUAUAACAAUUGUCAACUCCAACCAAGUGGGGAGUAGGGAAACUGAGGGUUCCAUGGAACAAAGGGAAGAUUUAGUGGACAGUUUACUUCUUCAUUCAAAUGAAGCGGACGCAAAGGUUUCUGAUUCUCAUCAAGUUUCCUGGACCGAAGUGCAAAAGGUUGCACAAGAUAGUGAAAGGAGGGAAGGAAAAUCGCUUGCGGAAUCUUAUUCUCUACUAAUUGAGGAUGAGCGUUCUGAAGGUUAUAAAAAAGCAGAAGGAACUGAUGCAAUUGGGGCGUUCUUUAAAGAUAAAGAGGGUUUCACGGGCAGCCCUGAUGAUGAUAAAAGGUCUGAUGAUGUGAAGUUAGUGCUUGACUUUAUAGAAGCUAUUCAUGUUGCUGAGAGAAGGCAAGCCGAGCUAGAUGCCUACAUCUUCACAGAAGAGAAAAGGAAGAUGAAGGAAAAGUUUGAGAAAGAACUUAAGGAUGCUAGGGCAAGGGAGCUCAUGUAUGCAGAAGAGGCAGCAAUUUUGGAGAAGGAGAUGAACAAAGAAAAGGCAAAGGCUGCAGCUACAAUCAAGUCAAUCCAAGAGCAAGCUGAACAGAAGCUGAGGGAGGAAUUGCAACAAAAGGAAGAGGAGGCUAAUGUUCUGCUUAUGAAAACUAAAGACCUGGCUAAAGCUGAAUUAGCAGCAGCUAUUGCUAGAGAGAAGUCAUCCCAGAUGGAGAAAAUUGCUGAAGCAAACCUUAAUAUAAAUGCUUUGUGCAUGGCCUUCUAUGCAAGAUCGGAGCAUUCUGUUCACAAACUUGCUCUUGGGACGCUUGCCUUGGAAGAUGCACUGUCCAGAGGUUUGCCCAUUCGUGCAGAAUUAGAUGCACUUUACAAGGCCCUUGAAGGUAUAGACCGAGAAUCUCUUCUAGGUUUGGUGCUUUCAUCCCUCCCAGAUGACACAGUGAACCAUGGAAUAGAUACUCCGCUGCAAUUGAGUCAAAAGUUUGAUUCUUUGAAAGGAACUUUGCGUCACUUUAGCCUCAUUCCUACUGGUGGGGGCGGGUUUCUGACCCAUGCUAUAGCUCACAUAGCAUCCUCUGUAAAGAUGAGGGAAGAUGGAUCUAGUGACAGCAUUGAAUCUCUCAUUAGCAGAGUUGAUAAAUAUUUAGCAGAGAAGAAGUAUGCGGAGGCAGCUGAUGCACUUGUGGUGGGGGUCCGUGGCACAGAAGCUGAGGAAGUUGCCAUCGAAUGGUCAAAUCUGGCAAGAGACCGAGCUGUGGCAGAGCAAGCACUCUUUCUUCUUCAAUCAUACGCCUUAUCUGUAACCUUUGCAUGAGCAUUUAAUUCAUGAUAAUUACAUACUUUUCACCUUUCUCAAAUUCAUUUCGUCUCCAAUUUUGUAUGUUCAACAAGGCUGAGAGUAAAUAAGAGAUAGUGGAAAACCCAUCUCGCCCAUUUUAUGAAAUGGAAGAUGAUAGGGGUUGUUUUGACAAAUUCGUGUUCCCAAAUAGGAAAAUUAUGGCCAUGAGUUCUGCUGUUUUUGAUGAUUGAAA